AUGAUGUUCACUUUGCUUCUCCUUGCAAAUGGUCUUGUCUACGCUAGGAUUGAAUCUUCUUUUCCUCCACCAAACCCAAAAUUUCAAUUCGACUCAGAACCGAUCCAUAAACCACCAGUUUUCUCAACAAAAUCUAACCAAGAUGUUAGGAUAAACUCUUGGUUUUAUCCACCAGGUCCAAGAUUCUCCGACUCUAAAUCGAUCCCUAAACCACCAGUUUUCUCAACAGAAUCCAACCAAGAUAUUAGAAUCAAGUCUUGGUUUUAUCCACCAGGUCCAAGAUUCCAAUCCGACUCUAAACAGAAUCCAUAA